UACUUUUUCACGUACUUUAACGCAAAUUUUGAGCUUUGAUAUCUCAUAAUACGCAUAAUAAAAAUUGUAAAAAUGAUAUAUUAAAAUUCUUUGUAAUCAAAACGAAUUUAACAAGAUCUCACAUGAAUAUAUUAAGUCUUGAAUAUAUACUUUAUAAAUUAAAUUUAAAUGUUUGUCUUAUGAUGUAAAAAAACUUAAACUGAACAAAUAAAAAAGAAUGAAAAAAGUAAUCUUAAAAUUUUGUAAAUCGGAUAUUACUAUUCGUCAAACAUGCCGAAAAUUUAAAAAAACUCAAAAAUUAGAGAUCCAAAAAAUCAAAAGAAUGAACGAUGGAGAAUAAAGUGGGACCUGACUACUCAAUCUCUAAUGCACACGGUUCAAUACAAAUACAACGAUUAAAAAAAUCCCAAAUAAAAUCCUUGAAUGUCUAUGAAUCUAUGAUCUUCUCUCCUUGGCAGUUUUCGAUUCUCUCACCGUUCUCUCCCUCACACCUAAGCUCCUCCACUGUCAUCUCUCUAUUCAUCCCCCCAUUUUCUCUCUCCUCGAGAUUUUUCUGAAAGCGAAACCCUAACAACGAAAAAGCUUGAAGGAACAACAAUAAGAAGAUAUUAAUGGCGUAUACGAUAUCUGGUAUUCGCUUUCCUUCUGCUCCUUCUGUAUAUGUUUCCAGCUUUAAUGGCGACAAUCGGAGAAAUUCUCCUUUUUCUCUUUUCAUCAAGAAUAAGCCGUCUGCUCUUUUUUCUCGCAAGCUGUUUGCUCACAAGUCCUCAUAUGAUUCUGAUUCUCCAUCAGCAACAGUGACGGAAUCACAAAAAGUGCUUAUUCCUGGUGGUGAAAUUGAAGAUUCUCUGUCGGAUGAAGGCUUGAGUUCUGAUUCAAAACUGACUAACGAUGAGGGUAUCCAAGAUUUAGAUGUGAGGACCAUGAAAGGAGGGAAAGAGAUUGAAACGGAAGAAAAAUUUAUACAAUCUGAAAUUGCCAUUCAUGACAAGCUAGACUCUGUCACUUCAACACACGAUCACAAAGAUAAAGAAGUGCAAAAUAUUGUUACCAAGAGAUCAAUUCCUCCACCCGGUGAUGGACAAAGAAUAUAUGAGAUUGAUCCACUUUUGAGAAGUCAUCGUGAUCAUCUUGAUUAUCGUUAUUCAAUGUACAGGAGAUUGCGUGAAGCUAUUAAUCAAUGUGAAGGAGGCUUGGAGAACUUUUCUCGUGGGUAUGAAAAAAUGGGUUUCACACGCAGUGCUGCUGGAAUAACUUACAGAGAAUGGGCACCUGGAGCAACGUGGGCAUCAUUGGUUGGUGACUUUAACAAUUGGAAUCCUAAUGCUGACGUCAUGACCCGGAAUGAAUUUGGUGUUUGGGAGAUCUUUUUGCCCAAUAAUGCAGAUGGCUCACCAGCAAUUCCCCAUGGAUCUCGGGUGAAGAUUCAUAUGGAUACACCCUCUGGAAUCAAAGAUUCUAUCCCUGCUUGGAUCAAAUUUUCUGUUCAGGCACCAGGUGAAAUUCCAUAUAAUGGGAUUUACUAUGAUCCACCAGAAGAGGAAAAGUAUUCUUUCAAGCAUCCUCAACCAAAAAGGCCACAAUCUCUAAGGAUCUAUGAGUCGCACGUUGGCAUGAGUAGUAUGGAACCUAAAAUUAAUACGUAUGCGAGCUUUAGAGAUGAUGUCCUUCCUCGAAUUAAAAAACUUGGUUAUAAUGCUGUUCAGAUAAUGGCUAUUCAGGAACAUUCAUACUAUGCAAGCUUUGGGUAUCACGUGACAAAUUUUUUUGCACCAAGCAGCCGUUUUGGUAGUCCAGAAGAUCUCAAAUCCUUGAUAGAUAGAGCUCAUGAGCUUGGGUUGCUCGUCCUUAUGGAUAUCGUUCAUAGCCAUGCAUCCAAUAAUGUUCUAGAUGGGCUUAACAUGUUUGACGGAACUGAUAGCCACUAUUUUCACUCUGGAUCCCGUGGUUAUCACUGGAUGUGGGAUUCUCGCCUAUUCAAUUAUGGAAGUUGGGAAGUGCUCAGGUAUCUUCUAUCGAAUGCAAGAUGGUGGCUUGAAGAAUAUAAAUUUGAUGGAUUUAGAUUUGAUGGUGUAACAUCAAUGAUGUACACUCACCAUGGUCUGCAGGUAGAGUUUACAGGAAAUUAUAAUGAAUAUUUUGGUUUUGCAACCGAUGUUGACGCUGUCGUUUACCUCAUGCUGGUGAAUGACAUGAUACAUGGGUUAUACCCUGAGGCUGUAACUAUUGGUGAAGAUGUUAGUGGAAUGCCAACUUUCUGUCUUCCUACACACGAUGGUGGUAUUGGUUUCGAUUAUCGUCUCCAUAUGGCUAUUGCUGAUAAAUGGAUAGAGAUUCUCAAGUUACGUGAUGAAGACUGGAGAAUGGGUGACAUUGUUCACACACUCACCAACAGAAGAUGGGCCGAGAAAUGUGUAGCGUAUGCUGAAAGUCAUGAUCAAGCGCUUGUUGGUGAUAAAACAAUUGCAUUUUGGUUGAUGGACAAGGAUAUGUAUGAUUUUAUGGCUUUGGAUAGGCCAUCAACUCCACGCAUAGAUCGCGGAAUUGCAUUGCAUAAAAUGAUCAGACUAAUUACCAUGGGAUUGGGUGGAGAAGGAUAUCUUAAUUUCAUGGGAAAUGAAUUUGGCCACCCAGAAUGGAUAGAUUUUCCCCGAGGUGAUCAGCAUCUUCCAAAUGGUAAAGUUGUCCCAGGAAAUAAUAACAGUUAUGAUAAAUGCCGGCGCAGGUUCGACUUGGGAGAUGCGGAUUAUCUAAGAUACCGUGGAUUGCAAGAGUUUGAUCAGGCAAUGCAGCAUCUAGAAGAAAAUUUUGGUUUCAUGACUUCAGACCACCAGUAUAUAUCCCGUAAAGAUGAAGGUGAUAGGAUCAUAGUCUUUGAAAGAGGGAACUUGGUGUUUGUUUUCAAUUUUCAUUGGUCAAAUAGCUACUUUGAUUAUCGUGUUGGUUGCUUGAAGCCUGGAAAGUACAAGAUUGUUUUGGAUUCAGAUGCUGCAUUGUUUGGCGGAUUCAACAGAAUUGACCACAAUGCGGAACACUUCACCUUUGAGGGAUCUUAUGAUAAUCGACCUCGUUCCUUCUUGGUUUAUGCUCCUAGCCGGGCAGCAGUGGUGUAUGCCUUAGUAGAAGAUGAAGCAGAACAAAUAGUUAAUGCUCCAGUAGAAGAUGCAAUACAACCAGAUGCACUAGUAGAUGUAUCAGAACUUGCUUUAGAAGAAGAUGAAGCAGAAUUAGCUUUGCCGACUGAGGAAUGACCAUUGCAGAUAAUUCUUGCAGUGUAAUGUGUCGAAACAGGGAAGAAGCUUCUUGUUUCUGUUGUGGGCAUAUUUUGGGCAGCAUGGGCUCGUUUCUAUGUUGAGCGCGUUCCAAUUGCUGUGUGUCUGCUGAUAGACUGCUUCAUAAACACGACAUUCGAAAAUGAAGAAAUUCGGUUACUUAGGGAAAGCAUGAGCAAAAUAACAAACCAUUCCAGGAUGGCCAAAUUUUAGUAAAUUAAUUCACACACCUUUACCCGGCCUCUGUAAAUGUUUAUAGUAUCUCUGUAUAUUGUGUUGGAGAUAACUUAAUAAAUAGGCCUUAAAAUUAACAGUUAAUGGUACUCCGAGUCUGGGAGCUUUUAUGGUAUAUUAUUAUUAUUAUUAUUAUUAUUAUUAUUAUUAUUAUUAUUAUUA